AUGGUCCACGCAAGUUCAAGACCUAGUCAGAGACUACUGUGUAUGUAUGCUGUGCCUUCGUCAGCUAGGCUCGCCCUUUAUGCGGCUGAAAGUCAUAAUACCUUUGAUACUGUGAAUACACUCAAAGGCAAUCAUGAACUUAGUGCCGUGAACGCGGAGGGCCAGCAUCGAAAGAACGCCGGCCUCGAUCGGGAGAAUAGCAGAGAUCGGAGAUGCUUGUCUCGCCUCUCGUACCUGCCGCUUGCGGCAGAUGCUACAGGUUCCUGGCCACCGUAUUUUCGGCCCCCAGCAGCCUCGCCGCCGCUUUCUCGUAUCGAGGUCGCGCGCUGCGCUCCAAACCACGACCGCGACCACGAUAUCCUCGCUUGCACAGCGCUGUGA